GGGUGAACUCCCGCUUUAACACCUUUCUCCAUGCACUUUUUAUUGAGUAAGCCUCUAUGUGUUUCUUCUAGUGACCAAGUUUUAUUUCAGUGGAGGUUAUAGAAAAAAAAUUGUUUUUUACUAUUAUUAUUUUUUCUCAACUGAGUAUGCUUAGUUCAACCAGCAAUAUGAAUCUGAUGUCCAGAGUCUUCUGUAAUCCUAAUAUUCUGUCCUUAUCUUUCAGCGACUCGCAUGGUGCGUUCCCUCAUAUGCGUUGGUGAUGACUGUUACGUAACCACAAAUCCUGGUUACAUUAAUGAAGUUAUCGAAGAACAUGGUUCUGGAGAUGAAAUUGGACAGACUGGAAAGGACCAAGGAGUGGAAGGUUCUGGAGAUAACACAGGACUGGUUGGAAAGGACCAAGGAGUGGAAGGUUCUGGAGAUAACACAGGACUGGUUGGAAAAGACCAAGGAGUGGAAGGUUCCGGAGAUAACACAGGACUGUUUGGAAAGGACCAAGGAGUGGAAGGUUCUGGAGAUAACACAGGACUGGUUGGAAAGGACCAAGGAGUGGAAGGUUCUGGAGAUAACACAGGACUGGUUGGAAAGGACCAAGGAGUGGAAGGUUCCGGAGAUAACACAGGACUGUUUGGAAAGGACCAAGGAGUAGAAGGUUCUGGAGAUAACACAGGACUGUUUGGAAAGGACCAAGGAGUGGAAGGUUCCGGAGAUAACACAGGUCUGUUUGGAAAGGACCAAGGAGUAGAAGGUUCCGGAGAUAACACAGGACUGUUUGGAAAGGACCAAGGAGUGGAAGGUUCUGGAGAUAACACAGGUCUGUUUGGAAAGGACCAAGGAGUAGAAGGUUCCGGAGAUAACACAGGACUGUUUGGAAAGGACCAAGGAGUGGAAGGUUCUGGAGAUAACACAGGACUGUUUGGAAAGGACCAAGGAGUGGAGGGUUCCGGAGAUAACACAGGACUGUUUGGAAAGGACCAAGGAGUGGAAGGUUCUGGAGAUAACACAGGACUGUUUGGAAAGGAUCAGGGAGUGGAAGGUUCCGGAGAAAAUGCAGGUCUGAUUGGAAAGGACUACCAAGGAAUUGGUUCUGGAGAUAACACAGAUCUGUUUGGAAAGGACCAAGGAGAAAUUGGUUCCGGAGCUAUAGUGGUUCUUACUGGAGAAAACUAAAGCCCACCAUACAUGGGUUUUACAGAUAGAUCUGGGAAAUGAGAAUAAAAGAUCUUUGGGAAUUCUAUAUCCUAUAUGUAGGGUGCCACAUAUUCCAGUUCCAUUUCCAAUUUCUUGUGUAAAAAAAGUUGUUGCAAACAAAAACUGUUUGUGUUUCUAUCAGUGUUAUUGUUUUUUGUCCAUGAAUGUAUGAAAUCCUUCACUUUUUCUAAAUAAAAAAAACGUUUUUUUC